AUGCUCCUCAGUUUCCUCAUCCUGCGCCAUCAGUACCUGUGGACGCAUUACGUCGGAGCUGGUGUUUGUGUUGCGGGUGCGGUUAUGAUGAUCGGAGCGGACUUCCUCGCGGUAGAAAAGGCAGGUCGUUCCAACCCUACUAAUUCGAUCAAAAAUGAUGCACAAACGAAUGUCGUGAUUGGAGACAUUCUGGCACUCAUUGGGGGAAUCCUUUACGGAGCCUACAGUGUACUUCAGGAGUACGCGAUUCUCAAGUACGGAGCAGUCAAUACUCUGGCAAAUGUUAGCAUGGUGACUUCCGUCUUGUGUGGUUUCUACUGUGCAACCAUGGAACACGAGAAGCUCACUGAGCUUCUUACCAUGCAGACGUUAUCUGGAAAGCUGGUACCGGCCAAGGCUGGGAUUUGCUUGGCUGGUUACGUCUGUGCAGUGUUCACUCUGGAUUCGCUCAUGGCUUUCACGAUCACCCGGGUCAGUGCGGUUACCAUCAACCUGUCCCUUCUCACCGCUGACGUUUAUGGCCUCAUCGUGGGGAUAUUCGUGUUCCA